AUGGCAUCUGGAAUGCUAUUCGACCCAAUGAGGCUCCUCCGCCUAGCUCCCCUCAUCAGCAGCACAGGAAGUGUAAUGUACUCGACCUGCGAACUCAUCAUGAACUCCGCCUUCCUACACCCAUCUAUCCGCAAAGAAGCCGACGUUGUCCUUCCUCGCUGGUUCAAAACAGUAUUUCAAAGCGGCGUCACGAUAGUCAUUGGACUAAUCACCAUAACCACCUCUACCUCCUUUGCCAACAUAUACCUCUCGUAUAACAACGACGCUUCCAUCGUAGAAGGCGCCAUGGCUCUCCCUUUCAGUGCCAAAAUGUACGCUUUGGGUGUGGCUUGUGCGUUGGGCCAUUUGACCUUUAUUCCCUGGGUUUCCCAACCGAUCGAUCAUUUGAAGGAAAAUACUUCGAAGAGGGGUGGCUCGGCUGAGAUGAAAGAUUGGCUGAGCGUUCAUAGGAUUCGAUGGACCGUUGCGGAUUUUCCUGCCUGGGUGGCUUUCUUCUUGGCUGUUUUGACAUUUGAAGGGGCUCUUUAA